AAUCUCAAUAUUCAACAUUCUUGAAGCAUUCUUGAAGAUAUCUCAAUUUCUCACUCUCGUAGAGCUUGUGGUGGUUCUUGGUAAUGGCGGAUGUUCAUAUGGCUAAUGCAGAGACCUUCGCCUUCCAGGCGGAGAUCAACCAGCUUCUAAGUCUCAUCAUCAACACUUUCUAUAGUAACAAGGAAAUCUUCCUUCGUGAACUCAUCAGCAAUUCAUCCGAUGCUUUGGACAAGAUUCGAUUCGAGAGUUUGACGGAUAAGAGCAAACUGGAUGGUCAGCCUGAACUCUUCAUUCGACUCGUUGCAGAUAAGGCUAACAAAACCCUAUCCAUCAUAGACAGUGGUAUAGGAAUGACUAAAGCAGAUUUGGUGAACAAUUUGGGUACGAUCGCAAGAUCUGGAACUAAGGAAUUCAUGGAAGCAUUGCAAGCUGGAGCUGACAUGAGCAUGAUUGGGCAAUUUGGCGUCGGUUUCUACUCCGCUUACUUAGUUGCAGAAAAAGUCAUUGUGACGACGAAGCACAACGAAGACGAGCAGUACGUCUGGGAAUCUCAAGCCGGCGGCUCAUUCACAAUCACCAAAGAUGCCGAUGGAGAGCAGUUGGGCAGGGGAACCAAAAUUACUCUCUUCCUCAAAGAAGAUCAGCUUGAAUACCUUGAGGAAAGGAGGAUCAAGGAUCUGGUGAAGAAGCAUUCUGAGUUCAUCAGCUAUCCGAUUUACCUCUGGACAGAAAAAACAACGGAGAAAGAGAUCAGUGAUGACGAAGAAGAAGAAGAAGAUAAAGUGAAAAAGGAAGAGGAAGGUGAUAUCGAGGAAGUCGACGAGGAGAAGGAGAAAGACGAAUCAAAGAAGAAGAAGAAAGUGAAGGAAGUGAGCUAUGAAUGGCAGCUUAUCAAUAAGCAGAAGCCAAUUUGGCUGAGGAAACCAGAGGAGAUUACAAAAGAAGAAUACGACUCUUUCUACAAGAGCUUAACAAACGACUGGGAAGAACCUCUAGCCGUGAAGCAUUUCACCGUAGAAGGACAACUUGAAUUCAAAGCCAUUCUCUUUGUUCCAAAGAGAGCCCCCUUUGAUCUAUUCGACAAAAUGAAGAAAAUGAACAACAUUAAACUCUACGUAAGAAGGGUUUUCAUCAUGGAUAAUUGCGAAGAACUCAUGCCGGAGUAUCUCGGAUUCGUGAAGGGUGUAGUCGACUCCGAGGAUCUCCCGCUCAACAUCUCCAGGGAGACGCUUCAACAGAACAAGAUCCUAAAAGUCAUAAAGAAGAACAUUGUCAAGAAAUGCAUGGAGAUGUUCAACGAAAUCGCAGAGAACAAAGAAGACUUCAACAAGUUCUACCAGUCCUUUUCCAAGAACUUGAAGUUAGGCAUCCACGAAGACAGUCAAAACAGAGGAAAACUCGCGGAUCUCCUACGCUACAACUCGACCAAGAGUGUGGACGAGAUGACAAGCUUAAAGGAUUACGUGACGAGAAUGAAGGAAGGACAGAAGGAUAUCUAUUACAUCACGGGCGAAAGCAAGAAAGCGGUUGAGAACUCCCCAUUCCUGGAGCGUCUGAAGAAGAAAGGGUACGAAGUACUAUUCAUGGUGGACGCAAUAGACGAAUACAUGGUCGGGCAGCUGAAAGAGUACGACGGGAAGAAGUUAGUUUCGGUGACGAAAGAAGGGCUUAAGCUGGAAGAGGAAUCUGAAGAGGAGAAGAAGAAGAAGGAAGAGAAGAAGAAGUCGUUUGAGAAUCUAUGCAAGACGAUUAAAGAGAUACUGGGAGAUAAGAUCGAGAAGGUGGUGGUGUCGGAGAGGAUAGUGGAGUCUCCUUGCUGUCUUGUUACGGGUGAGUAUGGAUGGAGUGCGAACAUGGAGAGGAUAAUGAAGGCUCAGGCGCUGAAAGAUAGCAAUACGAGUUCUUACAUGUCUAGCAAGAAGACUAUGGAGAUAAACCCUGAAAACGGAAUAAUGGAGGAACUGAGGAAGCGGGCGGAGAUGGAUAAGAAUGAUAAGUCUGUGAAGGAUCUUGUAUUGCUGCUGUUUGAGACGGCUCUUUUGACGUCGGGUUUCAGUCUGUAUGAUCCCAACACGUUUGCUGCUAGGAUUCACAGGAUGCUGAAACUGGGCCUGGGCAUUGAUGAUGAAGAUGAAGCGGAUGAGGAUGUGGCUGAUAUACCGAAACUGGAGGAAGGGGGUGACAGUAAGGAGAGCAAGAUGGAGGAAAUAGAUUAGAUUGAGAAAUGAAAA